AUGGGUGAAGGUACAGGCGGCGCCGAGUCAAUCGAUGCCGAGCAGAUGCAGGCCGCGAUGGGUGCGAUGAUGGCGAAGAUGGAGGAGCUUUGCAUCACCAUGAUGCUCGUAGGCGCAGCUGCGACCUUGGCUGCGGGACUACAGGGGUGCUGUUUCAAAGUCUUUGCCGAGAAGCAAGCCUUCAAGUUACGCGUGCUCUAUUUUGAUUCCGUGCUCCACCAGGAUGUGUCCUGGUACGACACGAUGGAGGUUGCAGCAUUGCCUGCUGAGAUCAACGAUGACCUGGAGAAGAUUCAGGAUGCUUUAGGAGACAAGUUCGGAAACGGAGUCAUGUCCAUUGCUGCGUUCAUUGGCGGCUUUGGUUGCGCCUUCGGAAUGGGUUGGCUCAUCGCACUUGUGAUGUGCUCCACUUUGCCUUUCAUGGGCGUUGGGGCUGCGAUCAUGGGACAGGCCGUCCAGGAGAUCCAGAACGAGUCGCAGAGCUGGUAUGCCAAGGCCUCCGCUGUUGUGGAGGAGUGCCUCCAUGCCAUGCGCACCGUGGUGGCCUUCGGUGGAGAGCACCGGGAGAUAAAGAAGUUCGCGGCCGCCGUGGUCGAGACCCGCCGCGGGGGUGUCAAGAACGGCUUCAAGGUCGGGGCAGGCUUGGGCUACACCAUGAUGGUCAUGUACCUGGGAUACGGCUUGGCCUCUUGGUUCGGCAUGACCCUGCGGUACAACGACGAGAUCAACCCAGCCACCGGCAAGCCUUGGGAGCCGGGCCUUAUCUUGGCCAUCUUCUUCUGCAUCUUUGUCGGCAGCUUCAUGAUCGGGAACCUGGACCCAAGCCUGAAGGCCAUGAAAGCCGCCCAGAGCGCCGCAGGGCGGUUCUUCUCAGUGGUGGAGCACAUGCCCACGAUCCAGUGCCGCACGGAGGACCAGCGCUGGGACGUCACCGGCAUCGAGAAGUUCGAGUUUCAGGCCGUGCACUUCACCUACCCGGCCCGACCCGACGUCAAGGUCCUGAGCGGCCUCUCCCUGUCCAUCCAGCGUGGGCAAAAGGUUGCGGUGGUCGGUGAGUCUGGCUCCGGCAAGUCCACCGUCAUGGCGCUCCUGGAGCGCUUCUACGAUCCGGACUCCGGAGCCGUACUUGUGAAUGGCCAGGACAUGAGAAGCUUCAAGGUCUCCGCGCUCCGAAAGUGCAUCGGUUAUGUGGGGCAGGAGCCCGUGCUUUUUGCCAGCUCCAUCCGCCACAACAUCAUGCAGGGCAACCCUUCCGCCAGUAGGGACGACUUCGUCAGGGCCUGCGCAGAUGCGCAGCUGGGUUUCGUGGACGCCUUGCCAGAGAGGUACGACACCUUUGUGGGCAGCGGAGGCAGCCAGCUGUCGGGAGGCCAGAAGCAGCGCAUCGCCAUCGCCCGGGCCUUGCUGAAGAAGGCUUCCUUCCUUUUCUUGGAUGAGGCGACCAGCGCCCUGGACAACACGUCGGAGAAGAUGAUCCAAGACACGAUCGACAGCAUCAGUGCCAACACUCCUGAGGGUUUGGGUAUCGUGAAUAUCGCUCACCGCCUCAGCACGGUGCGCAACUCUGACCUUAUUCACGUGCUCAGCCGCGGCAAGUUGGUGGAACAGGGCAGCCAUGCCUUCCUGAUGGAGAAGAAGGGCACCUACUACGCCCUGGUUGCAGCGCAGGAGUCUUGCCACGAGGAAAGCGAGGACGUGUCCCCAGCACCCCAAGAUCUCCAGGCUCAAGUCAGGCGAGGCUCCUCUCAUUCCGAGGAGUGUGAGAUCCAGCGAGUGAAGCGGGAGAAGGAGGCGGAAGCAGAGCGGGAGAAAGAGAUCGUCAAGGGAUACAAGGUUCCCAUGGGCCGACUCUUGAGUUACAACAGGCCUGAGUGGCCCUUCUUUGUUCCCGCGAUCUUGGGUGCCAUGGUGGAUGGCGCGGCCAAUCCCGUGUGCACCGUUGCACUCGUGGGCUCGAUGAAGGCCUUCUUCAAGCCGGACAAGGAGGAGAUGAGGGCCGACUUGGAGAUGAUGGCCCUUACCUUCGUCCUCGUGGGUGUCGCUGCCCUCCUGGGCUCCACCCUCUCGCACGGCUGCUUCUCCAUCCUCGGCGAGGCCAUGACGCAGCGCCUGCGCGUGGCGAUCCUCACGGGCAUGUUCCGUCAAGAGGUGGGCUUCCACGAUGAUCCGAGCAACACCCCUGGCAUGCUCUCCAAAGCUUUGGAGCUCUGGGCAUUCCGCGUGGCGGUGCUGUGCAAGUCCAUCCAGGCCAAGGCCGCCGCGAUGAGCUCCCUGGUCGUUGGGCUCGUGAUUGCCUUCGUCUACUGCUGGCAGAUGUCCCUGGUGAUGUUGGCCUCCAUCCCCAUCAUGAUCGCAGCAAGUGCCCUUCAGUGGCUGGUGCUGCUCGGUGCGUCGAAGAAUGAGAAUCAGAACAUCACAAAUGCCAACCAAAUCGUGGUGGACUCCGUCAUGAACGCGCGCACGGUGCAGGCCUUGUGUGUGGAGAAGAACCUCGUUCACAUGUACGUGGGCUGGGUCGAAAAAUCCCUGGUGGGCAUGUGGAGGCGCAGCCUCCUCGCCGGAAUAGGCUUCGGCGUCUCCAACGGCAUCUUCUUCUUCAUCAUGGCCGGGGGCUUCUACGUCGCCUCCCUUCUGAUCAAGGAGAGCAUCGCAGACUUCGAAGGCGUGAUGAUGGCCUUCAUGGGCAUCUUCUACGCCGGCAUGGGGGCUGGCCAGGCCGCGGUGAUGGUGGGCGAUGCCACGAAGGCCAAGGUUGCCUGUCACGACCUCUUUCAGCUCAUGGACCGUGUCUCUGCCAUCGAUGGCCUUGAGCCGGCGGCGACAGCCGCGACGCCUCAGAAGCUGGAGGCCGGCCGCCUGGAGUUCCGCGACGUGAAGUUCUUCUACCCUUUCCGGCCGGGGGUCUUGGUGCUCAAAGGCACCAGCUUCAGUAUCUCCCCAGGACAGUCGGUGGGCCUGGUCGGCCCUUCCGGCGGUGGCAAGAGCACGGUCAUGUCCCUGAUCCAGCGCUUCUAUGAUCCUCAGGAGGGCCAGAUCCUCAUUGGCGCUGACCAUGUGCCCCUGAGCGCUGUCAACAUCCGGUGGUGGCGUCGCCAGAUUGGCUUUGUCGGGCAGGAGCCCAUCCUCUUCAACACCACCGUGCGGGCCAACAUCAUGUACGGCCUGGCGGAAGGUGAGUCUGUCAGCGAUGAGUACGUCAGCCAGUGUGAGAAGAUUUCAAACUUGGCGUUCUUGUACAAGAACGGCAACAAUGGCCUGGAGACGGAGGUGGGACCCCGAGGCAGCCGCCUUUCGGGUGGACAGAAGCAGCGCGUGGCGAUUUGCAGGGCGCUCAUGCGCAAUCCGCCGGUGUUGCUGUUGGACGAGGCCACCAGCGCCCUUGACACGCAGAGCGAAGCCCUAGUGCAGCAAGCUCUCGAAGCGGCACGCGAGGGGCGCACCUCCUUCGCCAUUGCACAUCGGCUGUCCACCAUCCAAGGGUGUGAUGUCAUUCUCGUCAACGCCGACGGCCGCGUGGUGGAGCGCGGGAGCCACGAAGAGUUGAUGGCUUUGAAGGGCGUGUACUACAACCUGCAGAUGCAGGCGCAAAGGUGA